AUGAAGAAAACCAACAUGUGGUUCUUGGAGCGGCUCCGGGGAUCCGGGGAAGACGGCCCGGCGGGGGCCGAGGGGGGCGACAGGGCCUCCCGGGGACCCCUGUACAGCAACGUGCUCACGCCCGACAAGAUCCCCGACUUCUUCAUCCCCCCGAAGCUGCCCGCCGGUCCCGCGGAGCCCGAGGCGCAGGCUGAGCCGGGCCCGGCGGCCGCGGAGCAGAGUCCGGCUGCGCCCGCGCCCCGCCGCGCCCCCCGGAGCCCGCGGCUGCCCGCGCGCCUGGCGGCCGAGAGCCGGAGCCUGCUCAAGGCGGCCACGCGGCACGUGAUCCAGGUCGAGAGCGCCGAGGACUGGCCGGCGGAGGAGGCCGCCACCAACGCCGACCCCCAGGCCCAGGGCGCCAUGUCCCUGCCCUCGGUGCCCAAGGCGCAGACGUCCUACGGCUUCGCCACGCUGGCCGAGAGCCCCCACACGCGGCGCAAGGAGUCUCUGUUCCACAGCGAGCACGGGGCGCUGGCCCAGGUGGGCUCCCCGGGCGCCGCGCGCCGUCGGGGGGGCGCCAAGGCCGACGGGGGCGACGGGGGCGCUCGGGAGGCCGGGGGGGCCCUCAUGAGCCCCAGCCGCUGCCUCAGCGGCGGGGAGAGCGACACGGGGUCCUCGGCAGAGUCCUCCCCCUUCGGGUCGCCCCUGCUCUCGCGCUCCGUGUCGCUGCUCAAGGGUUUCGCCCAGGACAGCCAGGCCAAGGUGAGCCAGCUCACGCACUCGGUGGGCCGCCACGGCUCCCUGUCGGCCGACGACAGCACGCCGGACACCAGCCCCGGGGCCCGGCGUCGGCCGACCCGCAGGGCCGCCGCGGAGCCCGGCCCCGAGCCCAGCCCGGCGCCGCGCGCGGAGCACACGGUGAGGAUGGGGCUGCGGGGCAGCGUGCGGCUGCUGGCGGAGUACGAGGCGGCCCAGGCCCGGCUGCGGGUGCGGCUGCUGGCGGCCGAGGGCCUCUACGACGGGCUGGGCGACGCGCGCGGCAUCCACUGCUGCGUGGGCCUGUGCCUGGUGCCCGGGAAGCUGCAGCGGCAGCGCAGCACCAUCGUCAAGAACAGCCGGCACCCCGUCUUCAACGAGGACUUCUUCUUUGACGGCCUGGGGCCCGCCAGCGUGCGCAAGCUGGCCCUGAGGAUCAAGGUAGUCAACAAGGGCAGCAGCCUCAAGCGAGACACCCUGCUGGGGGAGAAGGAGCUGCCCCUGACGGCGCUGCUCCCCUUCUUGUGA